CCUCUUGUUACCUCAUACAGGCAGGCGGUCAAUGGAGGGAAGCGGUCACCGAGACGUGCUUAUAUUCAUAAUAAACAAAGUAGAGCUCGCCUUGGACCAAACUUAAAUGUGGAAACAUCCACAACAGAUUUAAAGUUGCUUUUGUUUGUCGUACCAGGUUCUGAUAGUGGCUACUUGCAUUUAUAUUAAUCCUUGCGGUGGCAUAGGCCCCACUCAGAUGCACAAGGCCUUGUGUGUUUGUGUAUAAUAUAUUGUUAUUACAGGUUGCUUGUGCAUUCCAAAUUUAUGUACAAAUGGCGGACCAGAAUGCUUUGUUAAUGCAGCAGUUUUUGGACAGGAGUUGUUGGGUGUGCUUUGCAACAGAUGAAGAUGACCGCACAGCUGAGUGGGUGAGGCCAUGUAGGUGCAGAGGAUCCACAAAAUGGGUUCACCAGGCCUGUCUGCAACGCUGGGUUGAUGAGAAACAGAGAGGCAACAGUACUGCCAGAGUGGCCUGCCCACAGUGCAAUGCAGAAUACCUCAUAGUGUUCCCAAAACUAGGUCCAGUAGUGUAUCUCCUGGACCUUGCAGACCGUCUGAUCUCCAAAGCUUGCCCCUUUGCUGCAGCAGGAAUUAUGGUGGGGUCAAUCUACUGGACAGCAGUGACCUAUGGGGCCGUUACAGUCAUGCAGGUGGUAGGACACAAAGAAGGACUUGAUGUCAUGGAGAGGGCGGAUCCUCUGUUCCUUCUCAUUGGGCUCCCCACAAUCCCAGUCAUGCUGAUUUUGGGCAAGAUGAUUCGCUGGGAGGAUUACAUACUAAGAUUGUGGCGCAAGUAUUCCAACAAGCUACAGAUUUUGAACAGUAUUUUCCCAGGGAUCGGAUGCCCUGUUCCUCGUAUUCCAGCUGAGGCCAGCCCUCUAGCAGAUCAUGUUUCAGCGACUCGCAUUCUCUGUGGGGCACUGGUGUUCCCAACAAUUGCCACCAUAGUGGGAAAGCUAAUGUUCAGCAGUGUCAAUUCUAACCUACAAAGGACGAUUCUGGGAGGAAUUGCCUUCGUUGCCAUAAAAGGAGUCUUCAAGGUGUACUUCAAGCAGCAGCAGUAUUUGCGCCAAGCUCAUCGUAAAAUUCUAGAUUACGCUGAGCAAGAGGAAGCUUGAGAAGAUGUACAUGUGAAGCAAGGAACUCUUGACUGCUGUACAGCAUCUUAUUAUUCACUACAUUAGAUUGUGCUGAAUUGGUUCCAUCCGUAAUAUUUUUGCUAUAUGGGAUUUACAUACACUGCUUGUUCUUUAUUUUCUCAAACGUAAUAAAAGCACUUUUGUGAUGGUGAUACUGAUGGGGGAGGAAAACGCCAAAUAGUCAUCUUUGAACCCAAAAAUUUGAUUUAUUUUUAUUAUCACUCAUAUUACUGUUGUAGCGUGUUUUGGCAUUAAUCUGAUCUGGUAUUGAUGUUUUGUAACAGUGGGAAAGGUUAGGUGUUGGUGGUUUAAAACAAGUUACCAUAUUUUAAUGAUCUCCCAGCCAGUUAGUAAAAUAUUAAAUGCUAAAGAUGGCUUGUAUUCUUUUGCUAGAGAAUAAUCUUGCUUUCUGUUGGAAGUUGCCAGUCAUUCCUCAGUUCAGCACAAAACCUCUUAUCUGAUUUACUGGAACAUUUGAAAUAAUUAUCUUGGUAACUAAGGUCUACCUUUUGUAAACAUUUCAGUCUAUUAUUAUUUUUUACUUUAACCCUCAUAAGCUCCAUUGGGGGAGCAGACAUCUCAGCAAACCUGCCAACCAGAGCAAACAGGCACUACCAAAAUGCUUUUAAGCGUAGAUAAGGAUAAGUUAGUAUACUGUUCUGUAAAGGUGCCCUAUUGCGGCUUUACACUUAUGGCAAAUGACACAGAAUUUGGUAUAUCUCCUUGCGACCCUGUGUACAUUAUUUUUUUAGUGAACAGAAAUGUUUUGGUUUGCAAGGAGAUAUUUGAAUGUGUAUUUGUAUUAACUACAACAUGGGUACAUUUUAAUUUGAAAUUACAUAAAGGAUACAAAUAGGAAAGUUUUGCAGAAAACUAUUUAUCACGGAGGUCUUGGAAAGGCUCCCCUUAAUUUAUUCUAUUGUUACAAGAAAGAAAAUGUAAAAGAAGUGAACGCAGUGGCCAAAGCCAAUGUAAGCCUUCCUCUGUUGCAAACUGUAGAUGGUUUAUAUAUUGCCCUUUCACAUAAAUGAAACAUUUCUAUUCAGUGACUUGAUGUGAUUGAGUGCCUGACCAUGUUUAAGCACAGUUUUAUUUUGUCAGUAAUAUUACAAAAAUACUGCAACUGUAAUCAUAUGCCAAUUCUUGUUAGCAUGUGUUUAGUGCAUGGCAACCAAGAGGUUUCUUUUAAUGACAAUAAUACUUAAAACCGUAUAUAGUUAUGUUGGUAGGUGUUUAAUAUACGAUGUACUUGCUAAACUGAAAUAGCUUUAAAAUAUGAAAAUAAUAUAUGAAUGACUUGAGAAAUAUAUUAUAUUGUACAUGUUUUGAAAUCCUGACAUCUGUAUACAUUGUGCAUUAUUAUUAUUUUUUUUUUUUUUGGCAUCUGAUCAUGUUAGUGUAGUUUAAGGAAACUGAAGAAAAUAGAGGGCAGAUGCAGAAAUGGUAGUAUUUGUAUCUAAUUCAGAAGGGCACAAAUAUAGUGGGCCAAAGUGGUAUUGAGAUGAUUUGGGUGUAAAUAGAAUUCAUUUUGGUGGCCAGUUUGUGUCUGUAGUGCAGCUGGCUUAUUAUUUUCACCACCAUGAAUCAUGGCAACAAUUUUACGUCAUAAAAUGUUUAAUGCAUUUGAUUGACUUUGUUAUGAUAAAUAACUUUUUUAAAGUGCUAAAAACUCUGUAUUUGCCUUGUAUAAAACAGAAUGCAUUGUACAACAAAUGCCCUCUGACUAUACAGUUUCAUGGUUGAUAAUUCAAUUGUGAUAAAUGUAUUUUUACACUGA